UUCGGCGCGUCAGUGCGCCGGGAGCGCUUCACGAGGUUGGACGCGCGUGCUCACGUACGUCUCGACGUCGUUUCCUCGUUUCCUCGCACGUGACGCGUUUUCCACUCGCGCGAGAGACAUCGGGCCGCCCCUCUCGGAACGAUUCCGCACACCCCCGCGGAAUCACGGUUCGUCGCAGUGUACGUGACUCCGACCGAGGAAAGGGAAGAGAAAACCGUUGUCGCGCGAACCGGCCGACCUCUCGAGCCGAGCCGAGCCGAGGCUGCCUGCAGCCACGUUCCACAGAGUCCUGGGGCGAGCAGAAAGGACCGCUUUCACGGCACGCCGCCGGUCGUUCCGUCUGCGAGGAUUCCGGCACGGCGGAGGCAACGCCGGGCGUUGAUCAUCGGCGGCUCCUUUGAGCGGUGGACGCCGCUUUAAUAACCAGUCAACCACGCGAAGUAUUUCAUUAGACCGAAGGAGAAGCAAGAGGAGAGGAUCGGAGCGGAGAGACGUGGAGAGGAUAGAGAGCCGACGGGAGAAGCGAGCGGAGGGUGACGAGAAGGUGGGCCGAGUUUGCGAGGGUCGCGCGCGAUGCUGCGAGUCUGCGGGGACAGAGGGUUCCCUUUGACUCUGAUCCCUUGCCCGCGCCGACGAGAUAGGAUCUCGGUGGUCCUGGCGCGAGAGGAACGCGAGGCAGAUGCUCGGCCGAGUCCGCGGAAACUUUAAUAAGUGUCCUGGACCGGCAGCAACAAGUUCUCGGCCGCGUUUCCGUGUCGCUGGGCUGAACACCUGGCCCGGUGUGUAUCCCAAGGUGCCCGGAAUCUCUGGUGGUACCGAACGCGGGAGUAUCUCGACUCCGAGGAUGGCUGGCCGGCUGUCGUAAAAAAUCCCGAGUCGACGCGCAAAUGACGCCGGCCUCUCGGUCCGAGGAUGCCGGGAGCUUUUGGCCGGCGGCCGACGGGGCUGGGCCGACCUCGCGGCUGAUCGGCGAUCGUUGAGAGGGACGCGGGACGCGAGCUAUGACGCCUGGGGAAUCGACGAACGUCGCUGGGGACCGUCUCCGAGGGUCGAGCUCUGGCAGGCCAUUGUUUCCGGUGUGCGCGGAGCGGAAUUUCUUUCCUGGCGGCCGGCUACGCGUCUCCGAGAACGCACGGUCCGUGAAGAGCGGUGGGCCGCGUUCCGCUCGGCGGGUCAGCUUGGAAUUCGUAGUACGGUGGUGAGUGAUGCUUGUGCUUUUAGACUUUGCCGGGCUCGCGGUGUCUUGCGAUCGCUGAGUCAGAGCUCGUCGGCACGACGGGUUCACUGCGGGACUCUUUCCGAAAUCUGUUUCAUUUCGAAGAAGCCGGGAAGAGAGUGCUAUGCGAUCCGCAGCGGGGAACCGCGGCCAAACGGCGCGGAGGCGGGGCCGCCGCGGCUCGCUGCCGGUUUGAUAACUCGGUUCGGAGACAGGGUGCGCGAUCCGGCACCAGAACUUGCCCGGAGUUUAGUCCCCGCGGCAGCUCGGUCUCGCGAGGCCUCGCGGCGAAGCCGAGAGCGGACGAUCGGCGUCUCGGGCGGCGAGCGGAGUCGGGCGGAGUCGUGCGGAAGAAAAAGGAAAAUUGAGAGAUUAAAGGGACAGUGUAAUAGGAGGAGGCGGCGGCGAGGAUACUGGCUGGAGUGGCCGGGCCACGGACACGGUGGAGGAGAGCGGGGAUCCGCGAGGGGAAGACCGGGAGGGAACAACGGACUGCUACGUGAACGAGCAAGUUGAAGAGGCGGGGGCGUCGGAGAGAGAGCACCACCAGGGAAGUUUCUGUCUGUCCGAGGUGGAUGGGGGUGAAAAUGUUCGGAGUGUUGCUGGCAUGUGUCUGGCUGGUUGCCGGCUCCCCGUUACACCCGUGGCCGCUAAUACCGCACAAAGCGAUCACGCAUGGCUCCUACGUCAGACACUAUACAGCGGCCUGGUACGACACCGCGGCUCUGAGAGAACACCGUGCCAGAAGUCGUCGUGACACUUCGGCUUCCGGGCAUCCGGGGGACGCGACGCUGAAUCUACGCCUUCACGCUCUCGACAGGGUGUUCAAGAUGCGGCUGACGAGGGACACAAGUUUGUUCGGCGAGGAUGUGGUGUUCGAAGGAUCAAAUGGCCGCGAGAUCACGUUCGAUCCUCAGCAUGCGUACACAGGAACGUUGGACGACGACGAGAGCUCGUCGGUGCACGGUAUCGUGACCGAGGACGGUCUGUUCGACGGCACGAUCUUUACGGCCUCGGACGAGAUUUACAUCGAGCCGGUCAGCAGAUACGCUCCGCUCGUGUGCCGUAAGCUCGACGAGGACGAGCCGGACACCACGGACGCCAUGCAACACCAUUCGAUCGCCUACCGAGCCGUGGACGUCGACCAACCCCUUCGGAACGAUUACACCUGCGCCAGCGAACGGCUGCGCGAGAGCACCCUCAACGAACUCAGGACGAACAGGACGUGGAGUGGAUAUCUCGGGGACACAAUGCGGCCGCUUUAUCAACACCAGAACGAGGGGAAGUCCCGGCCGAAGCCGGGAUUCUAUCCGAAGGACGCGAGGAAGAAAGACCCCAUGGCGAGCUCGCACAAUUUGGAGCUACUCGACAGGUUGUACAGAGCGAGGUAUUCGAGGGUGCUCCGGAAACGGACCUCCGUCGACCCGAAAAAGACCACGUGCAUGCUGUACCUGCAGGCCGAUCACACGUUCUUCGAUCAUUACAAGUCCGAGGAAGCGUGCAUCGAGGUGAUGACGCGACACGUGCAGCGCGUCAACUCCAUCUACAGGUACACAGACUUCAAUCAGGACGGCCAGCCGGACAACAUAAGCUUCAUGAUAAAACGAGUGAAAGUGCACAGCGAAGCAGCCGUGAACGACUCGUCGUACAGGUUCACCGGCUCGUACGGCGUGGAGGAGUUCCUGGAAUUGUUCUCCGAGGAGGACUACGACGCGUUCUGCCUGUCCUACAUGUUCACUUACCGGGACUUCGAGAAAGGCACCUUGGGACUGGCCUGGACGGGGGACCUGAAGAACGCCGGCGGUGUCUGCGAGAAGAACGGGCACUACAGGGGUAGCAUGAAAUCGCUGAACACUGGUAUAAUCACCCUACUCAACUACGGGAAGCACGUACCACCGACGGUUUCUCACGUCACCCUCGCGCACGAGAUCGGUCACAACUUUGGAUCCCCGCACGACCCGGACGAGUGUUCGCCCGGCGGGGAGGACGGAAACUUCAUAAUGUUCGCGAGGGCCACCAGCGGGGACAAGCGGAACAACAAUCGCUUCAGCCCAUGCAGCCUGGUCUCCAUAAAUCCCGUUCUAAAUGCCAAGGCCCGCUCAACCAAAGGCUGCUUCGCCGAGCCCCAAACCGCCAUCUGCGGGAACGGUGUGGUGGAAGACGGCGAAGAGUGUGAUUGCGGCUGGGAGGAGGACUGCAACGACCCUUGUUGCCACCCUCAACGGCUCCAUCAUGCCCCUCACGAGAUACCUUGCCGCCUUGCCGAUGGCGCGCUGUGCAGUCCCAGCCAGGGUCCCUGCUGUACAUCGGGCUGCACUCUGCGCAACGGCGAUAAGUGCCGGGACGACAACGGGUGCAGAGACGCGAGCUUCUGCGACGGCCGCGGUCCCCAGUGUCCGCCAUCCAUCAGCAAACCUAACAAGACCAUAUGCAACGACGAGUUCGUCUGCUACAUGGGGGAAUGCACCGGCAGCAUUUGCCUGGCUUAUGGCUUGGAAUCCUGUCAGUGCAUCGCCGGUCCCGAGGAUCCUCCGACCAAGAGCUGCGAACUCUGCUGUAAAUUGCCGGGAGAGGAUCAACCGUGCCUGUCGUCGUUCGCAUGGAACUCGGCGCCCUACGAUGUUCCUGACAUGCUGUCGAAGCCAGGCACGCCGUGCAACGACUACAAUGGCUAUUGCGACGUCUUCCAAAGAUGUCGAGAGGUGGACCCAAGUGGACCAUUGGCAACGCUGAGGCGGCUGCUGCUGUCGGAUGCCAGUCUAGCGAACUUCCAGAGAUGGCUGACCGAUUACUGGUACAUCGCGGCGUUGGUCGUCCUUCUUCUGCUGCUGAUUUCAGUGUUCGUGAUACGUUUUCUGAGGCAACGGCGCGGCGACCGCGUCAAAAUUCUGUCCACGCCGGCGAGUCGGCCGAGGGCGGUCAGCCAGGCUGCAAACGCGACGGAGGAUACGGCGAGGGAGUGCUCGUCCGUGCGGAAGAUCCAGUCGAUGGACAUCUCGCGGCUGAAGAAGCGGAUCGUCGAGACGAUGAAGAGUAUCGCGUCGACUGGCCGGAAGAAGGAGGCCUCCUCGGGGUCGAGCACGUUCCUCGGGAGGAUCUGCCGGUUCCUGAGCAGGGACUCGAGCGGCAUCGCCGGCUCGGAGGAGCGGUCCUCGAGCGAGCAACUAUACAAAACCGCCGACGAAGAGAAGAAGGACGGGGCCGAGCUGCGGAAAGAGAAAUCGGAUGAGCCGAGAAAGACGACUGCUGGAUGGAGGCGAAUCUACCUGCUGCUCUUUCGCGGUCCGGGUGGCAGUUCCUCACCGAGAACGUCGAGCAAGGCCUGGCGAAGGAGCACGCAGGUCGAGAAGCUCUGCACCAGCUCCAAGACGAUCGUGCACCCCUGCCGCAGGGGCGACAGCUACCAGACCGAACCCCUAGUCGCGCCAGACUCCCCGGACACCCCGAACGAAACCUCCGAGACCAGAAUCCAGACCUCCGACCUGACAGGCUUGCUGGCAGACAGUUAGUCCCCUGGGCCGACGAGCUAGGAACCGUUCUGCGACCAUUUCGAAGCACCUUUUCCCUUUCUAGAACGCUUCCGGGUCGAGGAUUCCGUCGGGUUACCUGCAAAGGUAAAAUUAUUGAGGAGUCGUUCGGGAACGGCAGCGCGAGCGAACGCCUCGGCGAAUCCGCUUCGAUUUCUCUUUGGGUUCCCGCGCGGCGAAAACGAGGUGCCGGAGUGUUUCUAUUGUUUCUUGUGUCGCGGGGUGUGCGAAAUAAAAGACCGUCUUUUGUCGCGGAACGCGCUUGAAUGCGGAGAAACGAGCAGAGCCGAUUGUGGUUCCUUUUGUUUCGCGGGAUGUUACAUAUUUUUGUGAUCGAACGUCGCUGUAUUUAACGGAUUGCUGAAUGUUUCCGAGGACAAAGGGUCGCGCUAACCCGAGGUUUCGUAAUGGACAACCACGAUUCGAGCGCAGCGAUCGUUCCCCUCGCUCUUAUUAUUCGGCGGAAUUCGAUUCGCGCGAACGUGCCGCGACAAAAAUUUGUACGGUUCGGAGCGAACGGCGACGAUGAUUUAGCGCACGGUCGCGGGAACGACGCGGCCAACGGCCGCCGCUUCGGGGAAACUUGGAUUGUAAUUUUCGUCGGCGGAGGAGCGGUUCCCGGAACUGUGUACCGAACUUAGGUCUAAGGAGACAAUAUUUUAUCUCCACUUGUGUAAUAAAGGGAUCGAUUCCGGCGGGAACCAAGCGUAUUGAGCGCCCGAGUUCCCCGCGUGUAAAUAUUGUACAGACUCUUGUACCGCUGUCGCAAUAGAUUAGUUUCUAGAAGUAAGAGAGUUGCCGCGUGGAAGCUCGCGCGCGGGCCGGAAGUUUGCGGAACGGUGUGGAUUCUUGUGAUUCCGUGUAGUCAGACAGCUCUUCGCGUAGGAGCGGACCAAACAUAGGAGGCGGAGAGUCCGGCGCUGAACUCGUAGAUGUGUAUAUAAACGAACGAUUGUUACUGUACAAUAAAUCGUAUGUCAUCAUUCACUA